CCGCCACCAACAUGGCGCCUGCCUGAUAGCAGCUUCGGCCGCCGCCGCCUCUGCAGCCCGCGGGACCUGGUCGGGCCGUUGUCGCCGCCGCCGCGUGCGGCUCCUGCGGGGAGAAAGAGUCCGAAGACUGUGCGGCUCCCCCUAGUAUGGCCAAUGAAGAAGAUGACCCAGUUGUCCAGGAGAUUGACGUGUACUUGGCCAAAAGUCUGGCGGAGAAGCUCUAUUUGUUUCAGUACCCUGUGCGGCCAGCCUCGAUGACCUAUGAUGACAUUCCGCACCUCUCAGCCAGGAUCAAGCCCAAGCAGCAGAAGGUAGAGCUUGAGAUGGCCAUCGACACCCUGAACCCCAACUAUUGCCGCAGCAAAGGGGAACAGAUCGCGCUGAAUGUGGACGGCACCUGUGCUGAUGAGACCAGCACGUACUCCUCGAAGCUAAUGGACAAGCAGACAUUCUGUUCCUCUCAGACCACCAGUAACACCUCCCGGUAUGCCGCUGCACUCUACAGGCAAGGUGAGCUCCACUUGACUCCUUUACAUGGCAUCCUGCAGCUGCGUCCCAGCUUCUCCUACCUGGACAAGGCUGACUCCAAGCACCGUGAGAGGGAGGCAGCCAAUGAAGCUGGAGACUCUUCCCAGGAUGAGGCAGAGGAUGACGUGAAGCAAAUUACGGUUCGUUUCUCCAGGCCUGAGUCAGAGCAGGCCCGGCAGCGGCGAGUGCAGUCGUACGAGUUCUUGCAGAAGAAGCACGCAGAGGAGCCCUGGACGCACCUGCACUAUUACGGCCUGAAGGACAGCCGCUCUGAGCACGAACGUCAGUAUCUGCUGUGCCAGGGCUCUGGCGGAGCCGAGAACACGGAGCUCGUCAAGUCGCCCAGUGAGUACCUUAUGAUGCUGAUGCCACCCAGCCCGGAGGAGGAGAAAGACAAACCGGUGGCCCCUAGCAACGUCCUCUCUAUGGCCCAGCUGCGAACCCUGCCCCUGGCGGACCAGAUCAGGAUCCUGAUGAAGAAUGUGAAAGUCAUGCCUUUUGCCAACUUGAUGAGCCUCCUGGGCCCCUCCAUCGACUCUGUGGCUGUUCUGCGUGGCAUCCAGAAGGUGGCGAUGUUGGUCCAAGGAAACUGGGUGGUUAAGAGCGACAUUCUGUACCCCAAGGACUCCUCCAGUCCGCACAGUGGGGUGCCUGCCGAGGUUCUCUGCCGAGGUCGAGACUUCGUUAUGUGGAAGUUUACGCAGAGCCGGUGGGUGGUGCGCAAGGAGGUGGCGGCUGUGACAAAACUCUGCACAGAGGACGUGAAAGACUUCCUAGAGCAUAUGGCCCUGGUGAGGAUCAACAAAGGCUGGGAAUUCAUCCUGCCGUAUGAUGGCGAGUUCAUCAAGAAGCAUCCAGAUGUGGUCCAGCGGCAGCACAUGCUGUGGACAGGCAUCCAGGCCAAGCUAGAAAAAGUAUACAACCUCGUGAAGGAAGCUGUGCCAAGAAAACCGGAUACACAGUCAGGACCCACCGGACUGCUCUCUGGGGACCAAUGUGUCCAGCUGGCCAAGGGCAAGGCCCAGCAGAAUCAUGCUCUGCUGGAGCGGGAGCUGCAGCGGCGGAAGGAGCAGGCACGGGCAACUGCCCUCCUGCCUGGGGUGCGUGUCAAGGAGGAGCCUAUGAGUGAAGAUGGAGAGGAUGACGAGGAACAGGAGGCGGAUGGCUCCGUGGAGGCCAUGGACACAACCCCCAGCGGUGCUGGCUUUCACCAGAGACUGGCCAACGGGCUGCCUGCUGGGCGGACAGCCAGUGGGGACAGCUUCAAUGGGCAUGUGCCCCCCAACUUCGCCGGCACCCCCGUGGCCCAGGAGCUGCGGGCCUUUGUUCAGGCCACUUUCCAGAGGCAGAUCGUACUGACGCUCAGCGAGCUUAAGCGCCUCUUCAACCUGCACCUGGCCAGCCUGCCCCCAGGCCACAUGCUAUUCAGCGGCAUCUCAGACCGUGUGCUGCAGGACACGGUGCUGUCGGCUGGCUGCAGGCAGAUCCUGGUGCCUUUUCCCCCACAGACUGCUGCUUCCCCCGACGAGCAGAAGGUGUUCGCCCUCUGGGAGUCUGGAGACAUGAGUGACCAGCAUCGACAGGUCUUGCUUGAAAUUUUCUCCAAAAAUUACCGGGUGCGCCGGAACAUGAUCCAGUCUCGACUGACUCAGGAGUGUGGAGAAGAUCUAAGUAAACAGGAGGUGGAUAAAGUGUUAAAGGAUUGCUGCGUCAGCUAUGGCGGCAUGUGGUAUCUUAAGGGCACGGUUCAGUCUUGACAACGGUUGCAAACUACCAACCUGAUAAAUCCAAGGCCAGGAAGGACCCCGCAGAACCAGCUGGGGCGGAAGUGGCAUCUUGACAACUUUGGCAGAUGCAAAGAAGGAGGGACGGUGGGUCUCGGGCCUGUGGCGUCUCACUGCCCGGCGGACAAGGGGCCAUACGCGCUGUCAGAGGCAGCCACCCGCGUCAGCUGCUCCCAGGAGAAACCAGCUGGCACCUUCUUUCCAGUACGAUUUGAAAUUUCUGAUGUAUUUUGCUUACUCUUUGGUUUCAUUCUCAUAAUAAAGAGAGUGUAUACUGACUUGGGCAGGAUAACGGAAAUCAUGGUUUAAGAUUCACUUUUCAAACUUUAAUGCCAAUGUGGUCUAAGUUAUGUUUACAAGAUGAAGAAAACCUUAAGGGGUUUUUAUUAAUAUUUAAAAUGCCUAGAAGCCAAUAUAUAUAUAGUCUUUGAUUAUAUCUGCCAAUUAAACAAACCAAAUUGUUUUACGGUUGGAUUUCUGUGGCCACUUCACUUUUGAAAACAACCUACUUUAUGUAACAGUCUAAACUGUUUACAUGAGCCAUAGCAAAAAAAAAAAAUCAGAAUACAAUCUAUCCCGUUCUUCCUUUUUGCAUAAGGAUGCAAAUAAAUACCAGGUAAGUAUGGAACAAUGUAUAAGUGAGGUCAUCACACAUGGAUGUAAAAUUUUUAUAUUUUGUGUAUUUUUAAAAUAAACGCUAACACUAACCUA